AUGACAGUGCAGCAGCUGCAAGCACAAUUACUGGUGCAGCAGCAUCAGAUUACACAGCUGACCACCGAGCAUAAUACUGAGAUAGAGCGGCGGGGUCGAGCAGAGGAGCUCGCAGGGAGCUUGCAGAGAGCGGAAACAGUUGGUGCGUGUGGAUACGGUUCCUUAGCUGUGGAACUCAAUGGCAAAAAUGUGGCAGUUGUAAGCCCCAAAUUAUAUAGAGAUGCCUUGGCACUUCUGCACAAGGGCGCCACUCUUGAAAGAAAAGGGAUUGUCGAUAUCAAAUAUGAAAGGAUUUUUUGCGAGUAUAAAGGACAUAACCUGUCUGUGAAGGUGGAUGAGAGAAAUUGUUAUCCCAAUUAUCUAGCUUUGAAAUUUGUGUACCAAGGAGGCCAAACAGAUAUUGUUAAUGUGGAUGUUGCACAGGUGGGUGAUUUUGAGUGGAAGUACUUGAGACACAAUCAUAGAGCAUUGUGGGAUAUAAGCAACCCCCCAAGUGUAGGUCUUCAGUUUAGAUUCGUUGUAACUUCAGGGUAUGAUGGAUAUAUGUUGUGGGCCAAAAAAGUUGUGCUUCCUCCACAAUGGAAAAUAGCUGAACAAAGCUUAUAUGACACUGGACUUCAGAUCAAUCAAACUACUCUGGAUGGUUGUAGUAAUUCAUGUGAUCUGGAUCAACGGGUGUAG